CAAGUGUUAGCACGUACCUAUGUAUUCGGAGGCCAAGGCAAACUCGGUUAGGUAGAUAAUUGAUUAGAUAAGACCAAAUUUGCCUACUUUAGCUAUGCUCUUUUGGCGGCGGCGCUCUUUUGAACGCUCUACCUCUGUCACGCUCUCUAGCGAUGGCCCUUGAUAAAUUAGGUCACCUGUCAUGUCAUGGUUGCUACGCGCAGUCAGAAGGAUCAUGACCCCCGAAGUGAAGAAGGUGGCGAUCCCCCGCAACGGCGUCGACUACCGAGGCAAGGUCGUCCUCGCGCCGAUGGUUCGUUCGGGGGAAUUGCCGUCGCGACUUCUGGCCCUGCACUACGGAGCUGAGUUGGUAUGGGGGCCCGAGACCGUCGAUAGGUCCCUGAUCGGAACAACGAGGCGAUAUGACCCCGAGACGAGGACGAUCGAAUGGACGCGGAAGCCAUCGCAAGGCGCCAAAACCCCGCCAGCCGACGCCAGGGAUAGCAUAAUUUACCGUAUGCACUCGGAGAAAGAAGCGGGUAGGCUCAUCUUUCAGGUUGGCACGUCGAAUCCCGAGCUCGCAGUGCAGGCAGCCAGACUCGUGGCUGCCGAUGUUGCCGGCAUCGAUGUGAACGCCGGAUGCCCAAAGCCGUUUAGUACCCACGACGGCAUGGGCGCUGCCCUACUCCGAACUCCCGAUAAGCUGUGCGCGAUCCUAGAGGCGCUGGUCCGAGAAAUUACCCCAGAAUUCCAGAUUGGAAUCAGCGUCAAGAUUAGGAUCCUCGAUACCGCAGAGGCGACCGAGACCUUGGUCAGGCGGCUAGUGGCGACGGGAAUAACCGGCCUGACGGUUCACUGUCGGACGACGCCCAUGCGGCCACGAGAACGGGCUAUUCGGGGUCAGCUGCGCAUGGUCGGCAACAUUUGCCGGGAGGCAGGCGUCGCGUGUCUGAUGAAUGGCGACGUGGAGAAUAGAGACCAAGCCCUGGAGCUGAUCCGGGAGUACGGGGUCGAUGGGGCCAUGAUAGCAACCCAAGCAGAGAAGAACCCUAGCUGCUUCCGAGCUAAAGCUGACGGGGGCUUUCUGCCGUGGAACGAGGUUGUGGAGCAGUACAUCUGCUACGCGAUGGAAGUCGAAAACAGGUUCGGAAACACCAAAUUCCUCCUUUGCCAACUCAUACCCGGAAAGAAGCCCGUCUACCGCCACAUUAGCGCCUGCAGGAGCUAUACGAGGGUGUGCGAAAUUCUUGGCCUUGACCACUUGAUAGGGCGCGCACGGGAGGUCGAUAGGAGUCUCGAAAUUGACCCCGAUAGUCUGGGGCAGAAACCCAAGAAGAUCACCAAUAGCAGUGCGCUCGCCGCGGGUGGUCUCAUGGCAGAGUCUAGGUGCUCGGAAUCGCAAACCAGGAAAGGCUUGUCGGAACGUGGUGUCACUAUGCAGACAGAGGCGCAGCCAACCGAGGGGGUGCCGAUAUCCGCUUAAGGGUGGACGAGGAAUCGCAUCGCAGGAGUUGGCGAGAGACGGCAUACGGGGGUGUCGAGCGACAUAGGUAUAUAUAUACAUAGUUAUAUGUAUAUAUAUAUCGGGCCUCUACUCGAUUUUUGUGACAGGAUAUUUACACUGACGUGCCAGCAAAUGGUUGGCGGAUCGGCCUAGGAAGUGGGUAUGAGCUGGACGGAUUUAGGCUCGAUAUCGUCUGAGAUAAUUCUAUUCGCGUCUAGUAACUUAACGGCUAC